AUGGAAGAGCUUCGGAUUCUUGUCACCACGGAUAACCAUCUGGGAUUUGCAGAGAGAGACCACAUUAGAGGAGAAGAUUCCUUUCGGGCAUUCGAAGAAGUCUUUGCACAUGCUCGCGAGACACAGGCUGAUUGCAUUCUUAUAUGCGGGGAUUUAUUUCAUGAAGUAAGCCCCUCUAAGUAUACAAUAUACAGAACAAUGGAGAUUCUGCAGAAAAACAUCAUGGGCGACCAGCCGAUAGGAAUGGAGUGCCUGGAAAACGGGAACUUUGUGAAUAUUGACAAGAAGCAGAGGAGUGUGAAUUACAAAAGCACAAAUAUGAAUAUCCAGAUGCCUGUGUUUGCCAUCAACGGAAACCACGACGAGCCUUCUGGGCACCGAGGAGUGACUGCUCUGGAUAUAUUUGCAGAGGCUGGGCUGAUCAACUAUUUUGGCGGAAUGGGUGGAAAGCACGAAAGUUCAGUGAUAAGCCCGAUCAUUCUGAAGAAAGGGGAGGCUUUGCUUAACUUAUACGGAAUGGGGGGAAUUCGGGAUGAAACGAUGAGAAAACUUCUGGCUGAAGAAAGAAUCACACUUGCUCCUGCUGCAAAGGGUGUGCGUGUGAUGGUCAUUCACCAGACGCGGUGCGGUGUAGGGAUCAACUCUUAUGUGCCAGAGGAGCUCCUUAGCAAAGACCUGGAUCUAGUUAUAUGGGGGCACAUGCACCAGUCUGAGCCAAUUCCCGUGCAGAACUACAAAAUGGGGUUUCACACGCUGCAGCCUGGGUCUACAGUGCAGACCUCCCUAUGCAAGGCUGAAAGCAGUGAUAAGCACUGCGUUCUUCUUAAAAUCCGCGAGGAUGGGUGGAGCAGCACGCCAAUAUUAAUGAUGAGUCCGCGGCAUCUGGUCUUCAAAACGAUCACUGCAAAGGAAAGCAAUAUAGAGGAGAAGAUCCGGUCUGAAAUGCAGGCCAUUCUGGAAGCCCAUCGAAAUGCGCACAGACCCCUUGUGAGACUGCGCGUGGAGGUUGACGAUGCAAUAUCCAACACAAUUAUCCCAAAAAGAACCAUGAAGGAGUUUGCGGACCGGGUUGCAAAUCCAAAGGAUGUGCUAAGGAUUAUCCACAAGAAGAAGCAGCCCAUGGCAAAAAGACUAAGUGAGCCGCGCCCUGUGCAGGCCAAUGCGCAGUUUAUGCUAGACAUAGAGGAUGUCCGGAUUCUUUCCAAAGACAUAUUCGUGCAGAGCAUCAUGGAGUGCAUAGACAGAGAGAAUAAAAUGGUUAUAUCGCACCGAUAUGAUGAAAUAGUUCAAGAAGUAGCGAAGGUUCUAAAGUCACACAGAUGGACGGAUAUUGAGAAGGAAAUAAAUCCAGCCGUUUUGGAGAUAGAGAAGAGAUUUGCAUACGGACGAGCCUCAGCCCUAGAAAACAUAUCACGGGAGGAGCAGAUGAAGGAAAUAGAAGACCGCCAAAAUAUCUAUAACAUAAGUAUGGAUGGCCACGAAGUAGAAAUUAGCAAAAAAGUAUCGCUAGAAAGUGAGAGAGAUGUGCAUGCUGUGGAAUCAGAAGUAUACAGGCGCCCUGCUGAAUGCAGCAGACUGCCCCAAGAAGCAGCAGAAGAAAACACCAGGCCCCACUGCUUUAUGUCCAAGCAAGAGCCAGUAAUUUCUGGCAUAGCAGGCGCAGAUAUUCUCCAGGAGGAGUCUAGUGUGUCAGAGGCCCAAAAAAUCACGCCUUCCAAUGAGAAUUCUUCCAAGAGGGCCAAGAUAGACUAUACAUUUUCAUCACUUUGGGAGUAG